UUCUCCUUUGGCUAUAUUCUUAGCCAUCGAUCGGCUCUGGUUUGACCAUGCGGGCUCUUUCGGCCCAUCGAUGGGCCUAUUUUGUUCUAUGGGCCACACUGGUCAGCUUCUGUUUAUGUGAUGAUGCAACGAAGAGCGAUACGUCUGUCGUCGUGGUUGGUUCCGGAGAAUGUGGCGACUGCAAGCAGCUGAAUAUCAAAAAUUCAGAUGCGUUUUCAGGUCUCCUUGUAGCAAUUAAUUGCAAGACUGUUAAUGGUGAGUUCAGGACCAGGGGCUUCAGUGAACUCGACAAGGAUGGAAAAUUCCACAUUGAACUUCCCAAUGAACUUGUCAAUAAGAACGGAGAGCUAACUGAGGAAUGCUUUGCGCAACUCCAUAGCGCAUCCCACGAUCCAUGCCCCACCAUAGAAGGCCUAGAACCGUCGAAGCUCGUACUCAAGUCAAAAGAUAGUGGAGAGCACGCGUUCAGCACGACUGGAAAAUUAUCAUUCACACCAGCAACAUGCACGUCGGCUAUCCUCUGGCCCCUUUACAAAAAGUCAUUGCAUCCUGUUCCCAAAUUCCCUCCCAUUUACAAAAAGCCAUUGCCCAAAAUUCCUAAGAUCCCUCCUCUCUAUAAAAAGCCAUUGCCCCCGGUUUCCAAAAUUCCUCCUAUUUACAAAAAGCCAUUGUCCCUGGUUCCUGAAAUCCCUCCUAUCUAUAAAAAGCCAUUGCCUCCUCUUCCUGAAAUCCCUCCUAUUUACAAAAAGCCAUUGCCCCCAAUUCCCGAACCCCCUCCUAAAAAGAAAAAACCCCCUCCUAAAAAAAAACCAAUGCCCGAAGAUCCCGAACCCCCUCCUAAAAAGAAAAAACCCCCUCCUAAAAAAAAACCAAUGCCCGAAGAUCCCGAACCCCCUCCUAAAAAAAAACCAAUGCCCCAAGAUCCCAAACCCCCUCCUAUUUACGAAAAACCAUUGCCCCCUAUUCCCAAAUUUCCUCCCAUCUAUAAAAAGCCAUUUCCCCCUAUUCCCAAAUUUCCUCCCAUCUACAAAAAGCCAUUGCCUCCUGUUCCCAAAUUCCCUUCCAUUGACAAAAAGUCAUUGUCCGAAAUUCCUAAGAUCCCUCCUGUCUAUAAAAAGCCAUUGCCCCCAUUUCCCAAAAUUCCUCCUAUUUACAAAAAGCCAUUGCCCCCGGUUCCUAAAAUCCCUCCUAUCUACAAAAAGCCAUUGCCUCCUCUUCCUAAAAUCCCUCCUAUUUACAAAAAGCCAUUGCCCCCAAUUCCCAAACCCCCUCCUAAAAAAAAGAAACCCCCUCCCAAAAAAAAACCAAUGCCCCAAGAUCCCAAACCCCCUCCUAUUUAUUAAAAGCCAUUGCCCCCCGUGUUCAAAAUUCCUCCUAUUUAUAAAAAGCCACCCCCUCCUUUUGGUGGUUCAUAUCCUCUUCCACCUCAUCUACCAACCCAUGAAGCAUCCCAAAAGCCAUAGUUCGUAAAUAAGAUGCUUUCAUAUUGUCUUUUCCAUUUGUGUUGUAAUAAGGUCUAUAUUAGAAAUAAAUGUAUGUGUGUGGCCUGGACUCAUGUGAUGGUUCAACAUCAUUUUAAAAUGUCAGUGACUCAUCCUUCUCACAUGUAGCACUUAUGUACGACUAUAUUAACCAUCUGAACUUUUGAAGUACACCAUGGAUAGAGCAUAUCUAUAAAAUCAUACUGACAAAGCAGUCAGAUACAUUGGAAACCCAAUGGCAAAAUCAGAUGUUUACAAUCAAUUUCUGAGUGUGAUUUUUGGAUUGCUCUUUAUCCACAUUUGGAUCGGCAAUAUGGACAAUCUAAAUUGUUCUCGUACAACUGCAACAUGUGUAUGGUUGUAGAGUCACCACCAUUUUGAAAAUGUGUAGCACAUGAGUCUACCCUUAUUCAUGUAUGUGUGUGAGAAAAAGUGGGAUUUGUACUCAUCAUUGAAUUACUCUAUUAAUGUUAUAUGGUGAGUGAACUCUUUUUGUGAUAA